UCUGGAAAGAAAGUUGGUCCUGCUGUACCACCAAAACCAAAAAAAUGUCAACCUCAGGUCAGUAUAAUAUUUUUUUAUCAUAGGAGAUGAUAUGAUAUUAAUAUAUGGUUAUUUAUAUGCCUUCUUGACUUGGAACAACCAAUGAUACCACAAAGUUAUUCAAUAAAGGCAGCACCAACACCAUCAUAUAGCACUGUACUCAAUAAUGCUGGAACAAAUGAAAAAUCUACAAACCUAUAUAUGAAUUCACCUUCUCCAUAUGUAUCAAUGAAUAUGGAAAAAAAUGAUUUUAAUAUACCAACAUUGACUAAUGGAAAAGAGACUGUGAAACUAUAUCAAAAUAAUGAAAAUUUCUAUGUACAUCAAACAAAAGAGAAGUUUGAACCUAAAUAUGGAUAUGAUGAGAAAAAUUAUUAUUCAAAUGUUGGAAAUUUACCAGCUCCUCAAGUGCCAGUAGAAGAUAGAGCUACAAAUAGUGCAGUAUAUAGUAAUGUUGAAUCUCCAGCACCUAUUUCUGUUCCUGUACCAAAAAAAACAGAAAAAGAUAUCAUUUACAGUAAUAUACAAUGGAACCCAAAAUCAGAGAAUACUUACAGUAAUCUUCCACCUACUCAUACCAGUGACGACUUACCCCCACCUCCUGAGCCUUCAGAAUACGUUGCUUGCAUUCCAGGAAAUUCAUUUCCUCCACCUCCUGAAGAAUUGCCACCACCACCUAGUCCUGUCUCUUCCAGUUAUAGCGAAUUAAGACGUGCAACUUAUCAAACUGAUUUUCCUGCUGGAAAUUAUCCAAAUGACAUUUAUGGUCCAAGUUCUCAAUCUAGCUCAACAUAUGAGUCUAUAUACGAACCUAUUAAUCCUAGACCACCAUCUCAACUAUCUUGUAAUUAUUCAAUGUAUUCUGGAUAUGGAUCUGCUACUUCAACUCAACCACAAGGCAAAGUAUCUCCUGUGAAAGAAGUUGAUGUUCUAACUGAUUUGUUAGUUCAAGGAAUGUCAGAUAAUAGCGAAGAAAGUGAUAUAUAUGGUAUUUGUGCACAAUGUGGAUGUAAAGUCGAAGGAGAGGGUACAGGUUGUUCUGCAAUGGAUAAAGUCUUUCAUAUAAAUUGUUUCUGUUGUUAUGUCUGUAAAGUCAACCUACAGGGUAAACCUUUCUAUUCAUUGGAAGGUAAACCAUAUUGUGAAGAAGAUUAUUUAAACACUUUAGAAAAGUGUUGUGUAUGUACUAGGCCAAUACUUGAUAGAAUAUUAAGAGCUACUGGGAAACCUUAUCAUCCGUCUUGCUUCACAUGUGUAGUUUGUGGGCAAAGUUUAGAUGGUAUACCUUUUACAGUAGAUGCUACAAAUCAGAUACAUUGUAUUCAAUGUUUCCACAAAAAAUUUGCACCUCGUUGUUGUGUGUGUAAAUUACCCAUCAUGCCUGAACCUGGCCAAGAUGAAACGGUACGCGUUGUUGCUCUGGAUCGCAGUUUUCAUAUUCAAUGUUACAAAUGUGAAGAUUGUGGUUUAGUAUUAUCUUCUGAUUCAGAAGGUCGUGGCUGUUAUCCUUUAGAUGAUCAUGUGUUAUGUAAAAGUUGUAAUGCAAGUCGCGUACAAGCAUUAACAUCUCAUAUGACUACAGAAUUAUAAAUUUUACUGAAAUUUGAUUCCAUGAUUAGAUUUUCAUAUUCAUAUAUCAUACGUUUGAUUAAUACUUCAAACAUUUUUAAAUGCUAUUUCUAUCUAUUGUUUAAAGAAAUCAGAAUUAAAUUUAGAACUUACUUAUUCCAUAGCAAAUAUAUAUAUAUAUAUAUACACACACACACACACAUAUAUAUAUAUACACAUAGUCACGUUGAUAUUAGCAUUUCGUAAAUAAUUUUACAUUUUGUGACUGAAACAAUAUAUAACGUAAUAAAUUUGUAUUAUUUACAAAUGUUAAGACUAUAUUGAUAAAAAUAUUCUUAUCACACUGCCGAUUUUAAAACUUUACAUAUGACUAUUGUAAUUGCAAGUAACAAACGUAUUAUUAAAAAAAUAUGUAAUAAAUAAUAUUAAAGAAAUAUUAUCUAUCAGCUAUUUAUAAAAAGCUUCUUUUAUGGGGCACUUGUUUCGACAUUAAAAUAAGAGGCCGUGCCAUUUAUAAAGUUCCAUUAUUAGAGAAAAGAUGUUCGUAAAUAUACUAGACAUUGUGAUCUAUUUGUAAGUUA